AUGAAUGAAGAUGCACUCAUAUUCCAACAAUUCACAGAGCAACUUGAAGAGGAGGCAGAUGAAGAGUACUGGGAGAUGGGUGCUGCUUCACUCGGCGUCAUAGUGGGAGGUGCCGAGAUCUCACGUCAGUUACGGAAUGAACGACGUCGUGAAACCCGCCAAUAUCUUACCCGCCCUGAACUCCUGGAGAACCCCUGGAUUGCGACACCAUGGACCUCCCUUUACGACAGCAGGAGUGACUGUGCAUAUAUCACAAUCAUGGGGUUUGAUGUUGCCACCUUCGAUUUCAUUCUCGAGUCGGGUUUUGUACAGACCUGGCUCUCAACACCCAUCCCCCGAACUGAUACCUCUCAUUCAGGAGAUCCACGACCAGGCGGCCGAUCUUUGGAUCCCCCAGGGGCCCUUGGCCUUGUCCUCCAUUAUCUCAGCUCCACGAUGCUCGACGUCAGCUUGCAGCAAAUCUUUGCUCUCAUCCCUGCCACAGUUGUCCAGUAUCUUGACUUCUCACUUGACAUACUUCUCGAGGUCUUGCGAAGAAUGCCAGAUGCCUGUAUCAAGUGGCCGAAGGGUGGCCCAGGUGGUGAAAUCAUUGAUGCUGUUGUAAAUGCACCAGGCAGUUGGCACGAUGCUAAUGUUGCUCGUCCUAUUUUUGAACGGCUUCGCACACGAACACCACCUGGAUACUACCUCAUUGCUGACACAGCAUUUCCUCGUGGAACACAAUCCAUUGCAGGACACAUUCGCGCCCUGCUCAAGGCUGGCCAGGCUGUGCGAGGUACACCAGACGAGAUUGCGGAGCGAAUGGCCUAUGGCCGUGAGCUUCUCUCAUAUCGGCAAACAGCCGAGUGGGGAAAUUGA